AUAUAUAUAUAUUGGUCUAUAUACGUCAAGUUCAUUCUCAUUAACCAUCUCUCUCAAUAUGGGUGCUAAACCUAAAGAACUCCAUGUAGUUCUCUUCCCAUUCAUGGCACACGGUCACAUGAUUCCAACCCUUGAUAUAGCAAGACUCUUUGCAGCUCGUGAUGGCGUGAUGGCGACCAUCAUCACAACCCCUCUCAAUGUUGCCACCUUCACCAAAGCCAUUGGAAACGGAAAGAAAAUUGAAGCCCCAGUUAUUAACAUUGAGGCAUUCAGGUUUCCGGCUAAAGAAGCUGGCCUACCUCAAGGAUUAGAAAACCUAGAGCAAGUGUUAGGGUCUGAACUUAUGAAUGGGUUCUUCAAAGCUACAGAGAUGCUAAGCGAGCAACUCGAUCAUUACUUGGAGAAGGUCCGUCCUAAUUGUCUCGUUGCUGACAUGUUCUUUCCAUGGGCAACUGACCUUGCAUCUAAGUUCAACAUCCCAAGGCUAGUCUUCCACGGGAUUUCCUCCUUUUCUCUUUGUGCACAAGAAGUUAUUAGGCUACAUGAGCCCUUUAAGAAUGUUUCCUCUGAUGAAGAGACAUUUGUUCUUCCUUACCUACCCCAUGAGAUACAGUUGACAAGACUGCAAAUUUCAGAAGAAUUAAGGAAUAGUGAGGAUUCAGACUACAAAAGGAGGACGAUUAGCUUCAAGGAAUCAGAGCUCAAGAGUUACGGGGUGAUUGUUAACAGCUUUUAUGAGUUGGAACCUGAUUAUGCAGACUUAUUCAGGAAAGAAUUUGGAAGAAGGCUAUGGAAUAUAGGCCCUGUCUCACUGAGCAACAGAAGCAUAGAGGAUAAAGCACAGAGAGGCAAACAGGCUUCAAUAGAUGAGCAUGAGUGCUUGAAAUGGCUUAACUCAAAAAAGCCUGACUCAGUUAUUUACAUCUGUUUUGGAAGCACAGCAAGUUUUAUAGCAGCUCAAUUGCACGAGAUAGCAAUGGCUGUGGAAGCCUCGGGACAACAGUUUAUCUGGGUUGUGAGAAAUGGAAAGAAUGAAGAAUGGUUGCCAACAGGAUUUGAACAGAGGAUGAAAGAGAAAGGGAUGAUAAUAAGGGGGUGGGCUCCACAGGUGAUAAUCUUGGAGCAUGAGGCCAUAGGAGCAUUCGUGACUCACUGUGGAUGGAAUUCGACACUAGAAGGGAUCUCGGCUGGUGUGCCAAUGGUUACAUGGCCUAUUUUUGCCGAGCAAUUCUAUAACGAAAAAUUAGUGACUCAGAUUUUGAAGACUGGCGUCCCAGUUGGAGCUAAAAAGUGGAGUAGGACACCUUCAAUAGAGUGUCUCGUGAAGAAGGAUGCUAUAGUGAAAGCAUUGACAGAAAUCAUGGCAGGAAAAGAGACUGAUGAGAGGAGAAACAGAGCAAAGAAUUUAAAGGAAAUGGCACGGAAGGCUGUUGAACAAGGUGGCUCUUCAUACAUGGACUUAAGUGAAUUGAUAAAUGAGAUAAGAGGUUAUCAACUCCUACAACUAAAUGAGGAAGUAUAAGUUUUCGCAAGUCUAUGUUUUCUUUUUCCGACUCAGACUAUACUUUUACUCUUCUAUUUCUUGGCCAUGGAAGUUAUGGAAAAAAAUAAAAAUGUCAACACAACAAUGGAGUUCAAGAUAACAAUCCGUAUGUGGUUACACUUCGUA